AUGGACACUAUUAAUGAAGACAAUAUUAUCGAGGAGGCACCUUUAGUCUUAAAUUCAAAAGAAGAGCUUGACAAUAAUGCUGCUGCUAAUAAUAAUAACACAUUAUUAUUGGAAAAAAAUCUUUCUAAUAUCUCAUUGACUGACGGCGGGAACCGUGAAAAAACGUCAACUACUGAUAAUAAUAUCAAACAGAAUUCAGAUAAUCUAAAUAUUCAUGUGGAUAGUAAUGAAAUAGGGAACGAAACUAGUGAAUUUGAGAUUGAAGAUAAAGAAAAGUCGAAUUUAUCUGAAGAUAUUGCUAUCUCAUCUGAAAAAGAACAAGAAAAUAAUAAGGAACCGACACCACAUGGAGAGUCAUCUUUACGUGAGAAUUCAAGUCCAUCUGAUAUGGGAAAAAGGAUAUCAAGCUGGUUUAGUUCAUUUUGGGUGCCACCACAUGGCCCGGAUGAAAGACUUUUCGAUAGUUUUGAAAAUGAUCCAACAACAACAAGAGCAGCAGAGUCUAGUAGUCGUGCCGCUACGAUAGAUACUAGUAUUUGGUUGAUGGGUGUACGAUAUGAAGUUGCCGAAAGAACAUCUAGCGAGUCAAGUCGUACUUUCUAUGAUCCUACAACAUAUUAUUUUUCCCCUCCAGGCUCUUUUCCGCAUCUGCCUGGUCAACAACAUCAACUAAGUUUUGCGUCAUAUCCCAGUGAAUUUUACGAUGAUUUUACGUCAAGAAUAUGGUGCACUUACCGACAUAAUUAUGCACCAAUAAGACCAACAAAUUUCACGAGUGAUUCUGGAUGGGGAUGUAUGCUGAGAACUGGGCAAUCACUGUUAGCGAAUGCGUUAAUAAUUCAAUUUCUAGGUCGAGAAUGGCGGAGAGUUCGUAAAGGGGAAGAUACAUGGGGAACAUAUACACAAAUAUUGCUUUGGUUCCUUGAUGAUAUGUCAUCGAUUUGUCCAUUCUCUGUUCAUCGUGUUGCACUUUUGGGAAAACAACUCGGAAAGAAUAUCGGUGAAUGGUUCGGACCAUCGACUGCAUCACAAGCCAUAAAGGCUCUUGUUGAUAACUUUCCCACUGCACAAUUAAGUGUUCACGUUGCAACAGACGGAGUGGUAUACAAGAAUGAGGUAUACAAAGCAGCACGAAAUAAUCAAAACCAUCAAGAAUUCCAGUCGGUCUUGAUUUUGGUGGCUAUUCGACUGGGCAUCAAUAAGCUUAAUCCACUUUACUAUGAUGCGCUGAAGGCAUUCUUUCGAUUUCCAGAAAGUGUAGGGAUAGCAGGUGGAAAGCCAUCAUCAUCCUAUUACUUUAUCGGGACUCAAGGAGAUGAUCUGUUUUAUCUUGAUCCGCAUCAUUCGCGACCAGUUAUUGAUUUAAAAGAUAUUGAUGAAUUUACAGAUGAGGAAUUGGCCACUUUUCAUUGUGACGCUCUACGAAAAAUUCAUAUAUCUCAGUUAGACCCGUCGAUGCUACUUGGGUUCUAUUGCCGAAACGCCCAGGAAUUUGAGGCGUUUUGCGAGAGGAUUGCACGAACGCAUAAACCUGUUUUCACGAUAGCAGACGAAGAACCCGUAUACAGCGAUCUGGAUGUGGUGAGCAUACUGUCCGAAGAAGAAACGAGUGGAAAUGUGCUGGAUGAUGAUGAUGCAGAAGAAAGCGACGAUGACUUUUAA